AAUCCAGGUUGUAGAGUGUUUAAACAUUAGUGUCGUUAGAUUAUUGUUAGUCAUGAGUCACGAACAAAUGCAAUUAGAAAAUGUUUUAAAUAAUAUUUAUAACAACAAAUUUAUUCUUGAUGAUAGACAACGUCGACUACUUCUAGAUUAUGUUAAAGCUGAAGCGUUAAAUACUAAUCAGCAAAUCUCGAACAACACGAGUAUUUUUUUUAACUGGAUUGCAAACGUUGUACAAUCAUGGAAAUACAACAUGCCUUCGAUAAAGUCUAUGAUAUUUUUUAUAGAGCUGCUCACACCAUUUACGUUAAACGAAUUAAAUUUUCUUCUAUUACACCAGGACGAUACACUAGUGACAACUAUUGCAACAUUAAAUCGAAUGAAUGUGACCAAGGAAAAAGAUUUAAUGAAAGUUUAUUUAAAUAUGUUAAACUCCUUUACUUAUAGUGAAUAUUCUAACCGUUGGUUGAGUACAACAUUUUAUUCGUGGUGCAAUAUUUUUGAAACCAUUGCUACAGAACUGGUACCAAAAGAACUCGUUCAAUUUACAAUAAAUUUCCAAGCCAAUGUCAUUGAGGACAAUAAAUUACUCUUACUAGACUUUACUAAGAAAGUAUAUAGUCCAUUUUUACAACUGAAUGAUAAAAUCACUGGAAACUUAUACAAUAUUACAGAACAGGAACUGAAAAAAGAACUAAUGCCAACUUUAAAAUUUCUAGAUGAGUCCUUCGUUUAUACAUUUGCAAAUAUCCAGAAAAUUUCACAUUGGAUUAGGAUUGACUGCACAUUACUAAAUUUUAACGAACUAUUAAAUAGUAUUUUAAUUUUUGCAAGAGAUCCAGAUCUCAUAAUUUAUUUAAGCAAAUUGUUAUUGUCAAUGAAAUUACUAGAAUUAAAAAAUUAUGAAUGCCAUAAAAAAUUCAUAAACAAUUUAAAAUGUAAAAUUAUCGAAAUCUUGUUAGUUAUUAUUGAUAAAAAUUGUCCAGACAUCGUUCACGAAGUUGUAUUUCAUUGCAUUGUUUUAUGGCAUCACAUAAACAAAAUUAUUGAUGUUCCUUCUUUACAAUUAGAUGAUCGUUUAGAUUUGUUUUUAAUAUUUUUACUACGAAUGCCAAGUUUUACUAUAUUGUUCCAAGUGUAUGGAAGACAACUUUUCUCGCUAGUUGCAAAUGAUGAUAUACGUGAACUUGUCAGAGAUGACGUGGUUAAGUCUAUGGACCGAGAAGAAAUGAAUGUUAUUAGAAAAUACAAGGAUUUAUUGGUAAAGGAGAGUCGUCCUCAAUUAUGUGCUCAAUCAAUACAAUCAUGUGUAAAAGCUAGACACAUGUGCAGUAGAACAACUGUAAACUUUUUAUUUCAAUGUUUGGUAUACGGAUUAGACGAUGUUGCUCCCGAUAUAUUGAGAAACAAUGGCUUCAAAUCACCUUAUUAUAAUGAGGAGUAUCUUCUGGGUACAUUAGAUGGUCUUACUAUUUUUAUUGAAGAAUUCGAUUUGUCUUGGAAGGAUGCAGUUCAAUCAAUAGACGUUUUGAGGAUAAUCACUGACUACGUUACGAAUAUGAAACUGUCUUCAGAGAUGAUUAUUAAAUUUUUAAAUCUCGCUAAACUUUGCAUUAACAAACACAUGUGUUCGAAUAUGAUACUUCUGAUGGAAACUGAGGAUUCCCCCUUAAAUGUGAUAGGAAUUUUAGUUCACUCUUUUCUAUGUGGAGACGAUACAAAAAUUUCAGAAGAGGCCUUAGACUUAUUACGGGUUAUAUGUAAAAAAGCAAAAUUAGAAUAUCCACUAUUAGAAAAAAUUAUAAUUAAUUCCGAAUUGCAUACAAAGAUUUUAAGUAUUGCAAUGACAAAUAAAGAGCAGAAUUUAAGAUUAAAGGCAAUUAAAUGUUUGAAACACAUGGUAAAUAUAACCAAAAUUUGGAAAAUUGUAUCUUCUCGUCAAUUAUUGGAUGAGUUCAUUGGACUUUUGAAAAAUGAACGAGUGGACGCUUUAAGAGCAGAAGCUGUGACACUUAUAUCAAUAAUAUACAGUUUGGACUACUUUUUUGAAGAUCAAGUGAAUGAAAUUUAUAAGAUUGUAACACAUCUAGGAGUAUAUGAUUACGAUUUAAAUGUUAGAAUAAAUAUUCUAUAUUUUUGGGAAGAAGUUAUUGCGAAACUCUUAUCUGAACAAGGUAUGAUUGAUAAUGAGUUUCCUGAAGUCACAUUUUCUAAGGAUUCAAAAAAAAUUGUUGUAUUAGAUGAAGUAGAAAUAAUAAAAAGACUGAGGAAAGUGAUGAAUACAUUAAGUGACACAGGGUGCUUAUUUGUGCUAAGUAGGAUAGCAAUUAGUAGUAAAAAAGAAGAAUCUAAUGUUUGUAGAAAUGUAAUAAACAAACUCUUAACUAUUUUAGAACGAUACAAUGUCAACCUUUAUAACAUAGAGUCAGAUGAAAGUUAUUGUAAAAAUAUAAGUUCUAAAAUUCGUACAGAUUUCUACGCAGAUACAGAAAUUGUUACUGCUAAAGUGUUUCUGAUGAACAUAAUAGAUAUUAAUUCAAAAGUUAUGGUAAUCAAUGAUGUCAAAAUUCCUAGUUUAGCUGAAAUUUUAGGAAACAUACUGCAAUCAAACAAAGAUGUUGAUUAGGUCACUUUCAAAUAUCACAUGUUUUUAUAUUAUUUGUAUAUAUUUAAUAAAUUAUAUUUUAAAUUA